AUGCCAAAGAGUGCAAGCUUAAAGCUACUGAGGCCAAGGCCAAGGUCAAUGCGAGUUCUCGCCAUCAGUGAAGUAUAUAGUCAGGAUAGUGGUCUAGGAGGGAACCCAGAGUCUCGUGACACGGUAGGAGGUGAAGUCAAUAAGAGAAGGACAGGAGGUCCACAGGGUUCAGACCAAAGGGGGCACGAAGAGUUUGCAUCACAGACGUUGUCUGAACGUGAGCAGAGAAGGAAUAUUCCGAGUAAGGAAUCAUGUGAGUUGCUUUGUCCGAUUGUUGUGGAGGUUACAUCACCAGAAGUUGGCGAUGUAGCCAAGGUGCAGUUGAACAUAAAGGGCGAUAAGGUAGAGACCUUAUUUGACAGUGUGUCACCUACGUCAUUUAGUGACACGGAGCUUGCAGAUAGGCUAGGCCUGGCAAGGUGUAGGGCGCCAGUUCUUAAGUUUAGGGGAGUAAUCUCUGGAGACACUGCGAGGUCGCAGGAGGCGACUGAGAUCGAUAUUGAGAUCGAUGGCAACAAUCAUAGAAUUCCUGUAUAUGUGACGAGUGCUCUAGAUAAGGAGUUGAUUCUAGGAUUUCCUAUUUUGAGGAAAAUUUCCACAGUUCUUGAAUCUUACGAGUGA